GGGUGAGGGGGGGGGUGUUGCAUGCUCACAGAGUGUGACAGAGAUAGAGCGAUGAACGGGAAAGAGGCACAGAGACAGAGAGGAGAGCGCAGAGCAGAGAUGGGGACCGAGCGCUGAGACAGAGGUAGUUGGCAGGACUGAGAUCUGCACACAGACGUGAGCAAAAGAGGGGAAGGAAGAAGAGAGUGGAGGUUGAAGGAGAGGUGGGGGAGAGCGAGGGAGGGAGAGAGGAGGAGAGGUGCUGCAUGCAAGAUGAUGGAGCCCAGAAAUAGGCUUCACAGGACAGCUUUUCAUCCCUGCUUUCUGCGGCAGACAUGACUCUGGGCACUGGACUGUGCUGAAAUUAGCCAGGGGGACAACACAGGACAGCAGGUCUGCAGCAGACUGCUUUGGUUCAGCCUGGCUGGAUGCAGCAAGGCAGCUGAUUUAUUACUGAGGGGCUGGGUGGCAGUGUGUUUGCAUGUGUGCCUCUGAGUGAAUGUGUAUGCAGGUUUUUAUGGGUCCUUGCAGCGCUCGGAGCUGUGGGAGCGACCAUUCCUCCAGUCAUAAAAUGACAUUCAGCAGGCAGGAGCUUUGUGUGCUGGUGUGGAUCUGCAGUCCUCAGUAGGAAGUGGGAGAGUGGGAUUCAGAGCUGUCAUCGAGUGCAAGUGUGUGUUUACAGUGCUGCUCGCUGAGGUGAGCCAAGGAGGAUCAGCUAUAUAUGUGGUGUGUGUGUGUUUAGGUUGGAGCAGCAAGGGUGCAGCAAAGGCAAAGAUCCCGUACAAAGCAAGGACGAGCGCAGAGCAGCACCGAUGGCAAGGAGUGCAGCUGAAGUACAAGGAGUGCCCUGGGGGUAGGGUGGAGGACAAAGACAGGGGCAGAGGAGGAAGAGGAGAGCAGAGCGAGGGGACGGAAAGAGGCAAGCGGAAAAGAGAGGGUGAUCAUGGCUGUCAUACGGUGAGCUAUAGCAUAUGCUGUAGCGCAGAGCAGAGUGGUGCGGCAGGGGGAGGACAAGCAUCACUGCACAGGGGAGGGGGUGAGACUGAGGGAGAGAGGAGGGGGAGGCAAUCAGCUCAGCACCUCUCCUCCACCAGGAAGAGAAGCACAGCGGGACAGGCCCGGCAGAAGACAGUCACUCACAAACACAAAGGCGCACUGACGAGCGGCCAGGUCAACGUGUAGAGGUCAAAAGGGAGCUGGUGUGGGACAGGGGGGUUUGCUGAACCCCCGCUGGUCCUUGAGAGCGCAGGCUGGUCCUGCGAGGAGGAAGAAGGAGAAGGAGUCCGCUGGGGGGAGAAGGGUCGGCUCCCCGAGUCCUGUUUCUUCUGGUCGGUCUGACACCUCUCCAUCACCAUGGGAGAAUGGACCAUUUUGGAGAGGCUGCUGGAGGCGGCUGUCCAGCAGCACUCUACCAUGAUCGGCAGGUGGCCAGAAAAAGGAGACCAAAGGGAUGUCCGUGUUGCUCUGUUUCUGCUGGAUAUGAUCCUGCUGACAGUGGUGGUGAUCUUCCGUAUCCUAAUAGUCGGCAUAGUGGGGGAGAAGGUGUAUGAAGAUGAACAAAUCAUGUUCAUCUGCAACACCAUGCAGCCCGGAUGCAACCAGGCCUGCUAUGACAAGGCCUUUCCCAUCUCUCACAUCCGCUACUGGGUGUUUCAGAUCAUCUUGGUGUGCACACCGAGCCUGUGCUUCAUCACAUACUCUGUUCAUCAGUCUGCCAAAGCGCGUGAUCGAAGCUACUCUCUGCUGCACCCUUACAUGGAUCACCAUGGUCACGGUCACCAUGGUCGCCAUGGUCAUGACCAUCAUGCUCGCAAGCUUCACUCUCGCAACAUUAAUGGCAUCCUGGUGCACCCUGACAGCAGCAAGGAGGAUCAUGACUGCUUGGAGGUCAAGGAGAUCCCUAACGGGCCGCGAGGACUCCCUCAAACACACAAGAGUGCUAAAGUGCGACGGCAAGAAGGCAUCUCCCGUUUCUACGUCAUCCAGGUGGUGUUCCGCAACGCACUGGAGAUCGGCUUCUUGGCCGGCCAGUACUUCCUGUAUGGCUUCAAUGUGCCAGGGAUGUUUGAGUGUGAUCGCUACCCGUGUGUGAAGGAGGUGGAGUGUUACGUGUCUCGGCCCACAGAAAAGACUGUGUUUCUGGUCUUCAUGUUUGCAGUAAGCGGCAUAUGUGUGCUGCUCAACCUGGCUGAGCUCAACCACCUUGGCUGGAGGAAGAUAAAGACGGCCAUCCGAGGCGUGCAGGCCCGAAGAAAGUCUAUCUGUGAAGUGCGCAAGAAGGAUGUUUCACACCUGUCCCAGGCCCCAAACCUGGGCAGGACCCAGUCUAGUGAGUCAGCCUACGUCUGACAGAGGCUUCUCUGCCUGGGGGCUCGAGGACCUUUGAAAUUUUGGAGAAGAGCUUUUCCCUGGCCCAGGACCCCCCCUCAGUAGGGCACAAAACUCACCACUGCGUUAUUAUCAUCAGGAGCACAGACAGACUGUGUAGUCACGAUGAAGCAUCAAUUCACCAAGUAGUUUCUGACACCAAGAGACAAGAAUCACUUCCUAUAAAGGCAACUGUGUUGCUGCAACAAAGCUUACAUCUGAAGCUUACAUUUUCUGAGUUCUGCUCUGCCUAGGUGACACUAGGUGCCUUCAAAGAACCCAAGAGAUAAAACUGAGCAAUUACAAAUAUUAAAAUACUGUAAAGAUAGUCUGAGGUCGAAUUAUCUGAAGGUCUUAUUAUUUGCCUUUGCUGUAGGUCAGAAUAAUCCCCUCAUUUUCCAAUUUUGUGUGCAUAUGCAAGAGCUUAAGCGUGUGCAUGCAUACGCAUGAGUGUGUGGGGAAAAAAAAGCCAGUCUCUGACUUGAGUUAGAAAAUUGAAUGCUAAACUAAUCUGAGCUACUGAGAGAAAGAUAACGCUUUUUCUAAUUGUCCACAAUGUUCGAGCAAAAACUGCUGGACAAACAAGCACCUUUUUUAACAAACACAAAGACAAACACAGAAACUAUCAGCACUAAAAUGAUUAGCAUUAACUGGAACACACUAUUUGUUGUCAGUGUGCCAGGCUUUUUCACUAUGCUUCGUGUUCUUUGUUGCAUUAGGUGCCAAUCAGUCUACAGACUAACACUGGCUGGGAGUUUCUGCUCAAAGUGAGACACGGAGUGCAUUGAAGAAGAGUUAGAUUUACUUUCCAACACUGUGUUGACGCACCACAAUGCUCCCAGUGCCUGCAAGGCAUGCUGUUUACUCUCAGAGCCCACUGAAAACAGUCGAGAAAGGUGUGCCAGUGAUUCCACUUCGGCUUGUACAACGUGAUUGCUGUUGAAAGCGAAUGAAUGGAAUUACAUACAGACUUUUUUCCAGUUCAAUAGGAAAAGUAUUGUAGUCACAAAUAUUUUAACAUGUAACCUCAAGCUUUUUUUCACAAGCAGAUUUGGUGCCAUAUUUCAAAGUUCCUGUACAUAGAUGAAAUGUAAUAAUUACACUUAGCCUUUUCCCUGUACGGUAUAGAUAGGCUUUACAUGGGUGGGGAACGAGGGUUUGAGUGGGUAUGAAGAUUAAUCAUAGAUUGCCAGCUUUAACAAUAUGUAUUAUUAAUGUGAUCUUUGUUAUGCCUUCACCCUCUAAUGGAGACUAUAUGUUCCAAGAAGUGUUUCCCCUCCUUAUGGACUCUGAAAAAGGCAUGUUACUGAAGCAUUAAUAGAAUGGAUAGAUUAUGACAUGUAACUUUAAAAAGAGACUGUUUUAUUUAUUUGCAUCCUGCUCCUGUGAAAUGUAAUACUCAGCAUGCAUGAAGAUGAAAAAUAUGAAGAGAUAUGAACAUAGAAUCUAAUUAUGGGAAUAUUGAAAGAGAAUACCUGAGAGGCGCCACAACUGCAGCAAUAAUAUAUAGUAUGUGAAAAAAAUAUGUGAAUAAAUUAUUAUGCAGUGA